UAUUGUUUCCUGAUCGCACACUUGACGCAAUUGCACCGCACAGUAUAUGAAGGCUGAUGAUUUGCAGUCGUUGCUGGGGAAUUCAGCGAUGGUGGACUGCGUGAAGGUAACCUCGCAUUGAUCACUGUUUGACUUACCAGCAGGUAGCGCUGCCUCUCGCACACUGACCCGAGGAGGGGAAAAAAAGUUUGAGUGUUGCUCUGAGAUUUAACGCUUGCGCAGAACAGGUUGCCUGGCCAGUUCCUCUGGUUGACUUACCUGAGAGGUACAUCAGUUUCGGUCAAUAACAGAAAGGAACUAUUGCGCCGAACCUGGACUCUGGCAAACGCGAGGAGAAGUUCAAUUAAACCGCGGUUACUUUUUAUUGAACCGAGUGAAAGGACCGGAGUAUCUUCUCGUGGCUUUUGGCAGGUGCGCUCGUGUUUUCCAGCCCGUACGCCACGAGGAAACGGAGCUCGUGACAGGUCGCCGUAUCCCGACUUGUCCCCCCGCUGCAUUGAACGGCUCAGUCCGGUAGACGCCGCCUUUCUUCGUCGCGGAAAAGCCUGAGAAACAGCUGGAUGCCUUCCUCUUGAGCAGUCCGGAAUCGGUGCCGUUUUCCCUGGUUGAUUCAAGCGCUGUCUCGCGGGGAAAAAGAUGAUGGGCUUUCUGCGCAGGACGUUUAGCCGUCGGUCAAAACGACGCUUUCGGACGUCAGACGAGCUGGACGGGACCGGCAGAGGCGGAAACGCAGUGCUUCAGGCGCACCAGCAGCAGGUGAUUCACGCUCCGAUCGUAGUGACCGGGGGAGCCGUGGUCCACAUCCCCGCUGCGGGCAACAGCAAAGACGCCAUCACAUGCAGAGUCCUGUUGCUGGACGGAUCGGAUGUCAGUGUGGAGUUACCGAAACACGCCAAGGGACAGGAUCUGUUUGAUCAGAUUAUGUAUCAUCUGGAUCUGGUGGAGGCUGAUUACUUCGGUCUGCAGUUCAUGGACCCAGAGCAGGUUGCGCAAUGGUUGGAUGCAGCCAAGCCCAUAAAAAAGCAGAUUAGACAUGAACCUCCAUACAGAUUGUUUUUCAGGGUUAAAUUCUAUUCUUCAGAGCCCAAUAACCUCCGUGAAGAGUUCACCAGGUAUCUCUUCGUACUGCAGCUUAGACAAGACAUACUGUCCGGCAAGUUGAAAUGUCCAUACGAUGUGGCUGUGGAGCUCGGGGCUUAUUGCUUACAAAGUGAACUUGGGGAUUGUGAUCCAUUAGAACACUCUAUAGCACUGGUAUCGGAGUUUCGCUUUUCACCCAAACAGUCGGAAAUUAUGGAGGCGGACAUCUAUCGCAAAUGGGCUGAGUGCAGGGGAAUGAUUCCUUCUCAAGCCGAGCUGAAUUUCCUGAAUAAGUGCAAGUGGCUGGAGAUGUAUGGAGUGGACAUGCACUUUGUGAAGGGACGGGAUGGAGGAGAAUAUGCUCUGGGGCUCACGCCAACCGGAAUCCUUGUUUUUGAGGGAUCCAGCAAAAUUGGUCUCUUCUUCUGGCCUAAAAUAACCCGUCUUGAUUUCAAGAAGAACCGACUGACAUUAAUAGUGGUGGAGGAUGAUGAGAAGGGUCGAGAGCAGGAGCACACAUUUGUGUUUCAGCUUUCGAGUUCUCGGGAGUGUAAGCACUUAUGGAAGUGUGCAGUCGAGAGACACGCCUUCUUCCGGCUCCGACAGCCAACCCACAACAAAAGCAACCGCAGUGACUUCACACGCAUCGGCUCGCGCUUUAGAUUCAGUGGAAGGACUGAAUAUCAGGCCACACAUAGUGGUAAAGUCAGGAGAGCAAGCACUUUUGAGAGAAGACCAAGUAAAAGAUAUCCAUCACGGGCCCAGUCUAUGGUCAAGGCCAUAACUCCAGCAAAACAUCCACAUCUAAGUGCACAGACCAGCCCUGAGCCAAGCUUAACACCGUACAAACACAACAUUCCAAUUGCACAGGAACCCUGGCAAAGAUCACACCCGUCUAGUCUGACCCCUCCCCUAUACAUACAGCCAAUGGAACUGGGACACGUUCCACCACCACACAGCUUCCCUUUAAGCACUGCAGACACCCGGAGGUUUAGUGUGGAGGAGAACGAAGCUCCUCUUUCUGGAAAGAUCCAUCGCUGCUACCAUCACCAUGGAUACGAAAAACAGGAAGCACUGUGCCUCACAACAGCUAAACCUAAAGCUUGGGUCGUGUCUCCUGGGCUCCCCGAUGAGUUGGAUCGAGCUUUGCAGAACCAGCUAGAAGCAGAACCUGCAGCCUGGCCGGCCCUCCACAUCAACAUAGACAUGGCAGAGGAAAAACCACUUUCAGAGAAAAGUCUUCCUUCCUCCCCUGCGGUUUUACAGGAACAGCUGAAAAGCAACAUCUCUAAACGCGCCACCCAAAGCGAUAGUGGAACCUCAAAGGGGAACUCUUCAAGUGGAGACCAAACUGACAGGUAUCCCAGCUCUUCGCAGGAUUCAGGCUCGAGCAGUCUGAACAUAGAGAAGCCCAGAGUGGACCGACGCAAACGGCUUGUUAGACAGUUCAGCUUUAACCACAGUGAUGAAGAUGACCUCCCUGAGGCACUUGCAGCCAUCUCCUCGCAGUGCAGUAUGGGAAAAUCUUCCUCAAACAGCUCCUUGGAUAAACAGGUCCAGCCACCAAUAUACCCACCGCAGAAGGAUACUCAACGUUUAGAGCUUGACAACUCUCCACUGUUCUUUCCAAGUCCAGUACCUCACCUGCUGCCAUAUGCUGCACAUACAGAAAGCUCUGAAGACCUGCGGAUGGAGAGAGAAAAACUGCUGAGGGCUUUGUUAAUGACAGAACUCUGAGACAACACACACACACACACACACACACAACUGCUGACAGACCACAAAACCAACACAGACAAAACAGCCUUUAACUCAAUGCACUAAUAUCACUGUUACACAGUAUCUAAACCUGAACAAACCUCUAUGCUAUAAGAGCUGUUUUAGCAUGAUGCUAAUACCACACAGCAGUAUUUAAAGCGGUAACAGCAACAUUUCUACAUUUCUAUGCUUGUUCUGUUCAAAGCAUGGCACUGGCACUGUAUAAACUACUGGUUAACUUUUAAUAAUUCUUUAUACUUAUUUUUCCCAAUGUUUUAUAAUCUGUCUAUGGUUUCCUGAUAUCAAGGGGGCAGAGUUUAUUUAAACAAGUCAGGAUUCACUUAAAGCUGUCAGUGUAUAAACCUACUGUAUUUGGUUAUGUUCGGAAUAGAAUACUACUAUGCUACGCACACUAUUUCUGUAGUAUGUAGUAAGUAUACUGUGCACAGCACACUAAAUACUAGAAUGUGCUUUCGCAUUAGCAGAAAUGUAUCCACCUUGUUCUUUAAUGCGCUAUGGGAAAAUAACGAGAAGAACAACAACGUGCAGUAAACGGUAAAACUGUUCAUACUACAAACCAGUGCAUUCAUAAUUAAGACAGUUCGUUGAAAUAAUACAGUAAGACACUAAUUUGCAACCCAAAUAGCACACGUACGUCUGCAAGAUGUCUGUUAAAGAUCUCUGGAAAGCAUCUGCUGUGUACAAACGUCUGACAGAUGUCUUUCAGAUGUCAUUCUAAAUCAUAAAUAUCUUAAAGACUUCUAAUAGACAUCUAUUUGACAUCUGAUAGGAAACGUCCAAUAGACGUAUUGCAGAUGAGCAAACACUCUAAAAAAUACGUCUUGCAGAUGUAAACGCAGACAUCAAAUAGACAGCUCCGGGAUGUAAAUGUGCUAUCAGCACUAAAAGAAGCUGUUUUGUACAACUAAAAAUAGCUGGACGCAGAUGAGACCGGAAGCCAGACCCAUAAAAUUUACAAAUGGCCUCACCCACUUUUAUGGGAAGAAAAAGGUGGAUAGUAUGCAACAAAACACACUGCCAAUGCAAUGUGUUCAAACUUCUGUUUGAAAUGUGAUUUGAGAACUUUAAAGUCUCAAUUUUUAUUCAUUACGUAAUUGAACAGCUUUAAUUAUGUUUACAUAUUUUUGAAAAUUGGAUUCAAAUUAAUGUUAAUUUCUGAAUUAGCACAACUUAACCUAAAAGCAUAAUGUGGUUAUGUAACUAUUUAGCAUACUACUCUAAAACAUGCCCAUAUAUUCUACUGCAUCAUAUACGUUACUAUUUUUAGACAGUUUCUAUAGUGUAUGUUGCGCAGUAUGCAAGUAUGCUAUUCUGAACAUGUGCUUAAAUGUCUUGCAAAGUUAAAGUUUCUAAUAUAUAUUUUGUGAAAAAUUUUACGGCUAUCCCUAUAUACAUUUUCAUAUGAACUGCAGUUUUGUACAACAGCCUCCUUUAGCUCUCUUGUAUUAUAAAAACAAAGACAUUUCCGGAAGUGCGUUGAGAAGAGAUCGUGUUUUGAUGCUUACAUUGCCCACUAGAGGGCAUUACAUAUGCAUUUCAGCAGGUUUGCCUUUGAGAAGUAGAUCAGGAGCGACAAAAUGAAAUGUAAACUUUUUAUUUUCUUGUUUACAACUCGAUUGUCAUAAGCG